UCCCGUCCCAAUCCCCACUCCCCACCCCACGCAUCUCCAUUUCAAAACCGCGCAGGACCUUCGCGUCUCUUCCUCCCUCCCUCCCCCGCUCUGCUCCGCUCCGCUCCUCUCCGCUCCAAAACCCUAGGCGGCGCCCGCCCGGAGCCCGGAUCCCGCGUCCCGCUCCCCCGGCGCCUCCGCCCGUCGCCUGCUCCCCCGAUGGACCCCGCGGGGCCGCGCGUGGGCACGGAUCCCACCGGAUCGGGAGCCGCGCCGCCGCGCGAGGAAUUGGACGGGAGAGGAAGAGGAGGAGCGUGCAGCGGCGCCGCAGCGGUGGAGGGGAGCGCGUCGCGGCUGGCGGGCGCUGGAUUAGGAGAUCCGAGGGCUGGAAUUCUGGAAUCUUUGGUUCAAGCUGAAGCAUAUUUGCACACAUAUACCAUGGAUGUUCCUCAGUUGACUGCUGAAGGUGCCACACAAUGUGGAGAUAGAGUGUCUUUAUUGCCCCAGACUGGGGCACUUCAGUCAGUAACUCCUUGUCUGACCUUGGGCCGCGAUUCCAAUGCAACAUCAAUGGAGAAGUUGCAUGGUAAUGAGUCCUUGCCAUUUGGUAAGGAGAACAUCAGAAAAGAUCUCCAACCUAAACCUGAUCCAGAACAUGUUGAUAAUAGGAUGAGUGUUGCACGUCUUGGGUUGGACCUUAACACAGCAGAUAGUUCUGAUGCAGCAGAGCUUAACCCUUUCUUCCCUUACAAGAAGCUGGGGCAGUUGAAAGUCAGUGGUCCAUCAGAAUGUGGCAGCACUACUGGUGCUACAGAAGAAAGCGAGUCGCACAGAAAGUGGAGAGAAAUGAAGCAGAAUGGCUUUCUUUCUUCGUCUCAUGGAAAUGCAAUGGUGCCUAGGCCACGUGGUCGACCCCCCAAAAGGAAAAGGGAUGAUGAAUUCAAAAAGAGCACUUCUACACAGCAUGGCCAGGCUAAUAAGUCUAUGAAGGUUGCUGCUCCUAGUGGCCUAUUAUCUGGGCUAAACCCUGGAAUCAUUAACCAUGUGAGAAAUAGCAAGCAGGUGUACUCCAUAAUAAAGGCUAUGGUACACUCUGAGAGGCUUCAGAAUGAGAACCAGCCUGCCUUUACUAGUCAAACAGGUGAAAGAGGGAGAGAUGUUAGUGAGAGAAUUCAGGAUCAGAAAUAUGGUAGUGGUUUCAUGAAGUGCCAUUCGUUGAUGAAAGAUAAUAAUGUGGUGUUUCACCAAACACUGCCUACCACAUUGCAUUUCCUUCCACAGGAUGGUGAUAGUCUCAAACUGCAACUCUCAUCAGCAGUCACUAUGUCUUCAGAUAGGACCUGCAGUACGUCGGCUGAUGAUCCAGCAUCUAAUCAUGAUUACAUGACUGUACUGUCAGUAAAAGCGGCCAGUGUUGCUUCUCAGUGGUUGGAAUUACUGCACCAGGACAUCAGGGGACGCCUUGCUGCUUUAAAACGCAGCAGGAAGAGAGUCAGAAAUGCUCUUCGCACGGAACUGCCAUACCUAAUGUCGACAGAAUUUCCAUCUAAUCAAGAGAAUGAAUCAUCGAUUGCAAAUACUUCUGAGGCUGGAUGUACUGAAAAAGCAGUUUCAGAAGCGCAUGUGGCACGAUGGAGGUCUCUGUUUGUCCAGAUGGACAGAACACUUCAGGAGGAAGGGAAACAACUGGAGAACCGGUUGAAGCAAGUGCAAGAAAUGCAAUUGAAUUGUGAUAAAGGCCUCAAACACAUGACCUGUGAAGCUCCUCUGCUAGGACCCAUGGCUGAACUAUGGAAGCUGAACAACCCAGAUAAUUCUGAGAGUGAGUGGGCGGUGCAAGCCGCUGCUGCAUCAAUCUACUCGACCUGCAACAUGGUCAUGAGAGCGGAGAACAACGUGCCUUGCUUCUGAUCUCACACUUAUAGUUUAGUUUCUUGCUUUGCUGAUUUUUACCUCAAAAUUAGGUUUCCUUUCUUACCUUUAGCCUUUGUGAAUUGUGAUCCCUUGUCCAUUACAGUAGUGGCGAGUGAUGUAACAAGAAACUUGUGAUGUAUGUUGUCCCCCAGCCUACAAUUUCACAGGCACGUGAAAUAACACAUUCUUUUCAUGGAGUUCAGAAUCUUCAGAUCCUACCGUUUUGGUUCGGUUGUCAAAUGUUGAACUGGCA